AUGAAAAGGGAAACAGGGAAUAAUCAAACUUUACCAGCUCUACCUGACCUGCCUGAAAUCCCUCAGCAGCAGGUCGAACCGAAACUCGUUUAUGUGGCGCUGUACGACUAUGAAGCACGCACAUCAGAAGACCUUAGCUUCAGGAAAGGAGAGAAACUCGAAGUGAUUAAUGGCAAUGAUGCUAUCAACGGAGCGGAUUGGUGGCAGGCACGUUCUCUGGUCACAGAUGCUGUUGGAUAUAUUCCUAGCAACUAUGUUGCUCCAGCGGCUUCUCUGAAAAGCGAAGAGUAAGUGCACGUUAAUUUACAGCUGCGGAAAUGCACAUUUACAAACUCCUCUCAAUCACAUAGCGGUCUGCAAUUAUUUAAUUUAUGGUUCCAAUUCGGACAACAAAAGAUCUGACAUUUUUCUUCUUAAGAAAAAACUAAUUGUAGACUUUCUUUUUCCACGCAACAAUUUAUUCAAAAAAUUCGUUUGCUAAGAUACUUUCGGAAGGAUCAAUUUCUUCGGAAACUCGAUAAGAAUUUGCGCGUUGGACAGCGCUUUCUUUACUUGAAUGACAGACAGAUUUGUUAUUUCUAAGCCGUUGUGUCAACUUAAAUCUUUAAAACUCAAUUUAUGAGUAUUAGGAAGGACUUAGUCUGCCAAAUAGAGUCAGACGAAACUAGCACUGAUUUGCUGACGGCACCAUUGUCUUAAAACUUCGAAAAGGAACACAGAGGGUAAUUUCAUCGAAACGUACAUCAACCGACCACUCCUGAACAAGUUCAUUGGUAUUUGUUUUCUUUUUAAUACCUAAAAGAAAUGUAUGCCUUGGAUAGAGAGAUACGAUACAUCUCGUGAAAAAAAAAAAAAGAAAUUAAAACCCCAUCAUCCAAUUUUGCGUGACUCGGAAAAUAUGCUAAUUCAAUUACACUGGUAAAACCUUUAUAAGCUAGAAAAAGGAAUGAUGAAUUCUAACCAGCGCGGACCACAGUUUCCGUUACUAAGUCUCAAAAAUAACAAUGCGGUCGUUCAUUAUUUACCUCUCACUCCAUUGCCAGAAUUCAAUGGUCUCCAAUUACCCAAUAUUGUGCAUAAAUUCAAUUUUGUAAUGAUUGGUUGUGAUAAGGUUUAUUUACUUUACAAUACACAUAGUUUUGGGUAAACAAGAUUAUGGACACACACCAAGCCUCUUGCUCGUAGACAGAUGUACAUGGAUCUAUAAAUGCUUUAUGAAUGGCUGGUUAUGUUAGUGGAAGGUUAAUAAACCUCUUGACAGCUGUAGAUUUUAUCCCUAUAAUUUUGUUUGCUAUUCUUGUAAAAUUAUCUGCUUGACUGCAAAGGUUGGAUCUUUGAUUAACCUUUUUGGAAAUAAAGGGCUGGUGAUACCUUAAAUAAUUCCAGGCAGAGACAUUUUUUUUUUUUUUUAAUGAUUUUGAAUAAGAAAGAAUUUUUUUAUUUUGAAUUAUUGGCACUCUUUUUGCUAAGACAGGACUUUGACCUUUGUCUAAAACAAAAGGUCACUGUUCCAUGCAAGCAGAAGGAUGAUUUGAUACCAGUGUUAAAUGACAAAUGUAUAUUAGAUUUAUUCUGGAAUGAACUAAAAGUACAAGAUCAUUGAAUGAAGUUCAUUUUGCAUGUUCAGAAAAGCUAACAAUUUUUUCCAUUUAAAACACAUUUUUAAUUGUACUUAGUUUAUAUCUAACUUGUAAUUUUCUUAUUUUAGCUGGUUUUUUGGCCCAAUUAAAAGAGUGGAUGCAGAAAAAAUGCUCCUAAUGCAUGGAGAUAGUGGAUCAUUUUUGAUUCGAGAAAGUGAAAGUAAACCAGGAGAUUUCUCUCUUUCACUGAGAGAUGGGGAAAUUGUGAAACACUACCGCAUUCGAUCCAUGGAUAGUGGAGGUUACUAUAUUGCUCACAGAGCUAAGUUUCCAACACUUAGUGAGCUUGUCGAGCAUUACCAAGAAAAUUCUGAUGGACUGGUCAUCAAACUUGAUAAACCUUGUCCCACAUUACAGGCUCCUGCCCCUAAGGACCUUGCUUACAAUACAAAAGACAAAUGGGAAAUUCCACGUGAAUCAAUUCGAUUGGUUAAUAAACUAGGCCAAGGGCAGUUUGGAGAAGUAUGGAUGGGACUGUGGAAUAACACCACUCCUGUUGCCGUGAAAACAUUACGUCCCGCAACAAUGUCACCAAAAGCAUUCCUUUCAGAGGCGCAAAUUAUGAAAAGACUUCGCCAUGAUAACCUGGUACAACUUUAUGCAGUGUGCACGCAGGAAGAACCAAUUUAUAUAGUAACUGAGUUAAUGGAGAAUGGAAGCCUCUUGGAUAUCUUGAAAAGUUCUGCUGGACGAGAGCUUCAACUUCCAGAGUUGAUUUACAUGGCUGCACAAAUUGCUGCUGGAAUGGCUUAUUUAGAAAUAAACAAUUACAUACAUCGUGACUUAGCAGCUAGAAAUAUUCUAGUAGGAAAAAAGAAUGUAGUUAAGAUUUGUGACUUUGGUCUUUCAAGAAUUAUUGAUGAGGGUGAAUACAAUGCAAGGGCUGGAGCCAAAUUUCCCAUCAAAUGGACAGCUCCAGAGGCAGCUUUGUUCAAUAAAUUUACCAUCAAAUCUGAUGUAUGGGCUUUUGGAAUUCUGUUAACAGAGCUGGUCACCUAUGGACGUGUCCCCUAUCCAGGGAUGGGUAAUGCAGAGGUGUUAGCUCAGGUUGAAAGAGGCUACCGCAUGCCUUGCCCAUCAAACUGUCCACCAAGUCUGUACACAAUAAUGAUGGAUUGCUGGAAAGCAGAUCCCAUGUCAAGGCCAACAUUUGAGACUCUUCAGUGGCGUUUAGAGGACUUCUUUGUCAUGGACACUACAAAUUAUGCAGAUUAUCCUGAAUAGCUUAAAUACAGUAAGAAACACUUGUAUAUUUUAAGAUAGAGUUGUAAAGCAUGCAUCAGCUUAUUGCAGGCAUGGAGUACAUGAUUCAGGCUAAAAGCCUGUAGCUGAUAAUUAACUUUGAAUCAACUUUUCCUAGCAUAGGAACAGUCAGGAGAGGGCAUUAGAAAGAAAUCAGUAAGACGUCAUAUAAGGAAAUGAAUGAUUCUCAACUUGAAGUUGAUUCGGUGAACUAACUGCUGCUGAAAAUUUCAGAGAUCUGUCAUUUGGAGUUUGAACUUAUUACAAUUUCUUCCAAGAAAAUUGUAUUGAAUUUCCCUUAGUGGGAGGUGAGUUAAUGAAGUAUCAGCCUCACUUUUUCAAUUAAGGAAGAUUGAGGUCUGACAAAAUUCAGAUAUUCUGACAAACAUCAAUCUUCUCUGCUUGCAGUCAAGACGGUAAUUAAGUUUACUUGAUACACCAGCUCACUUUACAGUUAAGUAAACAGUUUUCAAACUUAGUUGCUGUUAUUGUGCAAGGAUAUACUGACAGAUUCACAUCAUUUAACAAUAUUUAUAAGCAUGUGCUUUUUGAAGUUAUCUGUUUUGUUAGUGUUACAAAAACAGUUAUUUCACAAUAAGUUCAUGGAAGAUGUGAAGUUGAGGAUGACAGAACCUCUAUUUCUUUUAUCUCCCUCUGCCUUUGUAGCCAGGCCAUGUUACUUAACCCUUUUACUCCCGUGAGUGACCAAGACAGAAUUUCUCCUUACAGUAUCAGUACAAUAUCAAGCAGACAAGUGAUGAGAAUAAAGAAAAAUAUCAAUUAGGGAUUAUAAGUUGAUCCAAUACCAAAUUCUCCAAACUAACCUCACAAGAACUGAAUGGCAGACAGUUAGAAGAAUUACUGAGCAGAUCUUGGGAGUUAAUGGGUUAAAUGUGCUGUAAAUGUCAAAUUCCACCAUAUUGCCUGUUAGGAAAUACCAAGGAUUUGCAAGUAGUUCGUAAAUGUUUUCAUUUACCAAGGGAUAAUCUCAUGCAACUAUUGUCAAAAUCCACUCAGAUAAAUUCAGGACUUACAAAAACAUUUGCUAAGAAGAAAUCUUGCAUGAAGCCUACACUUGAAUAAUUUCAUAUAUGUCAUAUGGCAUGGCUGACAUUUGAUGUUUCUUGCUGUUGUAACAACCAUGUGCAGAUUUAGAGUGUUACCAAAGGUGCUUAAAUACCCUGCUUAUUUUUUUUAGUUUGCAAGUUUUGGUCUUAUAACUUGAGAUGUUUAUGUG